CGCUAUUUCAUCCACAAUCUCCCUCUCUCUCUCUCUCUCUCCCUCUCUCUCUCUCUCUCUCUCUCUACUGUGUGGUAGAAAAGAGAGGUUGGCCUGGGGGCAGGCGACAACAGAUUGCCGUGCACCUCUUCUCUUCUCCUUUCUCAUCCUUCCUUCUCUUUCUCCUCCCUCCUCCUCCUCUUCUUCCUCUUCUUCUUCUUCUUCUUCUUCCUCUUCUUCUGCGGGGUCUCGGUGAGGGAGUCCUCUAUCUGAAAGUGUAGUCUGCAACAUUGUUGGGGCAGAAGGCUGUAUAGUUGUCUGCAAUCAUGGCUGGGACGAUGGUACAGUCUUCAAUUCUUCCUGCUGACAUCGUGAGUAAGAGUAAUAGACAGCUUUCUAGCUCUGGGAAAGCUAGACGGUCGGUCAAGAUGAUGACUACUAUCCGAACAAGCAGCCCAAGGCUACAAGGUUUCAGGGGUUUGCGUGGGUCUAAUUCUUUGGAUAUGCUUCUGAGAACUGGUAAAGAUUUUCAUGCCACUGUUGCAUCUUCUAUUUGUGCUCCAAGAGGCAAGGGAAGUCGAGGAGUAGCUGUAGCUAUGUUUGAGCGUUUCACUGAAAAAGCUAUAAAGGUUAUUAUGCUUGCACAGGAAGAAGCAAGACGCCUUGGCCAUAAUUUUGUUGGUACAGAGCAGAUUUUGUUAGGUCUUAUUGGUGAAGGAACAGGUAUUGCAGCAAAAGUGUUAAAGUCAAUGGGAAUCAAUCUAAAGGAUGCGAGAGUGGAGGUUGAAAAGAUUAUUGGUAGAGGUAGUGGAUUUGUUGCUGUAGAAAUACCAUUCACACCUCGUGCUAAACGUGUUUUAGAGCUUUCUCUGGAAGAAGCUCGCCAACUUGGCCAUAACUAUAUUGGUUCAGAGCACUUACUUCUAGGAUUGCUCCGUGAGGGUGAAGGUGUUGCUGCUCGCGUUCUUGAGAACCUAGGAGCUGAUCCAAGCAACAUACGCACACAGGUUAUUCGCAUGGUUGGAGAGAGCACUGAAGCAGUUGGAGCUAGUGUUGGGGGAGGAAGCAGUGGCAACAAGAUGCCAACAUUGGAGGAGUAUGGCACAAAUUUGACAAAAUUGGCAGAAGAGGGAAAAUUAGAUCCUGUUGUUGGACGACAGGAUCAAAUUGAGCGUGUUACCCAGAUACUGGGGAGGCGGACAAAGAACAAUCCUUGCCUUAUUGGAGAGCCGGGCGUGGGAAAGACCGCGAUUGCAGAAGGCCUGGCUCAACGGAUUGCAAGUGGAGAUGUACCUGAAACCAUUGAAGGAAAGAAGGUGAUUACUCUUGACAUGGGUCUUCUUGUUGCUGGUACAAAAUACCGUGGAGAGUUUGAGGAAAGAUUAAAGAAGCUAAUGGAAGAAAUCAAGCAGAGUGAUGAAAUAAUUCUAUUUAUAGAUGAGGUCCAUACUCUAAUUGGGGCAGGGGCAGCAGAGGGAGCCAUAGAUGCUGCAAACAUUUUGAAGCCAGCUCUUGCUAGAGGAGAACUUCAGUGUAUUGGUGCUACAACAUUGGACGAGUACAGGAAACAUAUUGAGAAAGACCCUGCCCUAGAAAGGCGGUUUCAACCUGUAAAGGUGCCAGAACCAACCGUUGAUGAAACCAUUUUGAUCCUCAGAGGUUUACGUGAACGCUAUGAGAUUCAUCACAAGCUCCGAUACACUGACGAGGCCCUUGUUGCUGCUGCACAACUGUCACAUCAGUACAUCAGUGACCGCUUCCUACCUGACAAAGCAAUUGAUUUGAUUGAUGAAGCUGGUUCUCGUGUACGGCUUCGUCAUGCACAGCUUCCUGAGGAGGCCAGAGAACUGGACAAAGAGCUUAGACAAAUCACCAAGGAGAAAAAUGAGGCUGUUCGUGGUCAAGAUUUUGAGAAGGCUGGUGAGUUGCGGGAUCGUGAAAUGGAACUGAAGGCACAAAUUACAGCUCUUACAGAAAAAGGUAAAGAGAAAUCAAAGGCUGAGACUGAGGCAGGUGAUGCUGGUCCAUUGGUGACAGAAGCUGACAUACAACAUAUAGUGUCUUCGUGGACUGGCAUCCCUGUAGAGAAGGUCUCCAGUGAUGAAUCUGACCGGCUCCUCAAGAUGGAGGAGACUUUGCAUAAGCGGGUAAUUGGCCAAGAUGAGGCUGUCAAGGCUAUCAGCCGUGCUAUCCGCCGGGCCAGAGUUGGCCUCAAGAAUCCAAAUCGUCCAAUCGCUAGCUUCAUAUUCUCUGGUCCCACUGGUGUUGGGAAGUCCGAACUUGCAAAGGCUUUGGCUGCAUACUACUUUGGGUCCCAGGAAGCUAUGAUUCGUCUUGAUAUGAGUGAGUUUAUGGAGAGGCAUACUGUCUCCAAACUCAUCGGCUCGCCGCCUGGUUAUGUUGGCUAUACGGAAGGUGGCCAGCUCACAGAGGCAGUGCGUAGGCGUCCUUAUACUGUUGUUCUCUUUGACGAGAUUGAGAAGGCACACCCUGAUGUCUUCAACAUGAUGCUUCAGAUAUUGGAAGAUGGUCGUUUGACAGACAGUAAAGGUAGAACAGUAGACUUUAAGAAUACUCUUUUAAUAAUGACAUCUAACGUUGGCAGCAGCGUGAUUGAGAAAGGUGGCAGAAGAAUUGGGUUUGAUCUUGACUAUGAUGAGAAAGAUAGCAGUUACAACCGGAUCAAGAGCCUAGUGACAGAGGAGCUCAAGCAAUACUUCAGGCCUGAGUUCCUGAAUCGUUUGGAUGAGAUGAUAGUUUUCAGGCAACUCACCAAGACCGAGGUAAAGGAGAUUGCAGACAUAAUGUUAAACGAAGUGUUUGAGCGGCUUAAGGCGAAGGACAUAGAGCUCCAAGUAACUGAGAGGUUUAGGGAUAGAGUGGUUGAAGAGGGUUACAACCCAAGCUAUGGAGCGAGGCCUUUAAGGCGGGCAAUCAUGAGGCUGCUAGAAGAUAGCUUAGCCGAGAGGAUGCUUGCUGGUGAGAUUAAGGAAGGUGAUUCUGCAAUUGUUGAUGUGGAUUCAGAAGGGAACGUGACAGUUCUCAAUGGGGCAAGUGGUACAGCAGAGCCCUUAUCACCGGCUCUUCCUGUAUAAAUGACGAGUCAGUUGUCAUAGCGCAUCAGCACUGUAUCAUUUAUUCUUCUUUUAUGAAUUGAUCUCCGAAUAUAUGCAUGAGAAAUGUGAGCGCUGAAGCAUGAUGUAAGAGAAGUGGAAUAGGACAUCUCAUUGCUCAUGUCGGGUACUGGGACGGUAUGUGUUCAUAAAUACAUAGAAGUCUCCCAACGAUUCAGCACUUUCUUUCACGACUGUAACCUAGUGUUUUCAGUUUCUUCUUAGGUUUUCAUUGCCUUGUAAUUAACAAAAUAAAGUACUUGGAGGCUAAUAGCUUUGCAGUCUGAAUCUAAUUUUAUACUUGUUUA